CAAGGUUCAUAUACUCCGACUAACUCAGAACUUCUGGAAUAUUGGGUAUCGAAGCGGGUACCGGAUCGCUUACUUGCCUGUCAGCAUGCCGUUGUAGAUUACGAAAUUGAAGGAGCUAAAGUGAAAACAAAUCUACUAUUUGAAGCUGCUACCACAGCUAAUUCAUUACCAAAUAUAUUCAAAGAUAAACGAUGUAGUGCAUUUGAAAAGCUUCAAGAAAACCGAUUUCAAGCAGAAGCAGCAGAAUAUAAGCGUAACAAUGGUCGAUCAAAUAUUCUUAGCGGUCUUGGCAACUUCUUCACUAAUAUUAAUAAUCAUGGAAGGUGA